AAACACAAAUUACCCGGGGUAUUGAGGGGAAAGGUGAGCGCUGAAUCUGACCAUUGCCUGACUGUGUUCGACGGGUUGGAAGCUGGUUGAAAGUGACACCCGGCAUUAUUUCUGUUCAAUUCUCGGAUUGUGCUAUAUGCCAUGGCGCUUCUAAGAGGUGUAUUUAUUGUUGCUGGCAAGCGCACUCCAUUCGGGGCGUACGGUGGUGUUCUGAAGGACCACAGUGCCACAGAUUUAGCUGAACAUGCUGCCAAGGCGGCCCUGGCAGCAGGGGGGGUGGCACCAGAACUUGUAAACAGUGUCAUCUUCGGUAAUGUCAUGCAGAGCUCCGCCGAUGCGGCUUAUAUUGCACGACAUGUGGGACUGAGGGCUGGCGUCCCUAUCCCUGUACCAGCUCUCACUGUGAACCGCCUGUGUGGAUCUGGCUUUCAGUCAAUCAUCAAUGGCGCCCAAGAAAUCUGUUUGAAGGAGUCUGAGGUUGUUUUGUGCGGAGGCUCUGAGAGCAUGAGCCAGGCACCCUAUGCUGUCCGCAACAUACGCUUCGGAACCAAGUUUGGGGUUGACCUCAAGCUCGAGGACACAUUGUGGGCCGGGUUGACAGACCUCCAUAUCAAGCUCCCUAUGGGCAUCACAGCAGAGAACCUGGCAGAGAAGUACCAGCUCACCCGGGAGGAAUGUGAUCUGUUUGCAUACCAGUCCCAGCAAAAGUGGAAAGCCGGUCAUGAGGCCGGACACUUUACAGCAGAGAUUGCUCCCAUCGACGUGAAGGCUAGGAAGGGUAAGGUGCCAAUGACUCAUGAUGAGCACCCUCGUCCACAGACUACACUGGAACAGUUGGCCAAACUUCAGCCAGUCUUCAAGAAGGGAGGGACGGUCACUGCAGCUAAUGCAUCUGGUGUAUCUGAUGGAGCAGCUGCUUUGGUGAUUGCCAGCGAAGACGCAUUAAAAGAACACAAACUGACUCCACUGGCCAGAAUAGUGGCUUAUCAUGCUACAGGUUGUGAUCCAAGUAUCAUGGGAAUUGGCCCAGUUCCAGCAAUCACUGAAGCCCUAAGAAAAGCGGGCCUUUCUCUCAGUGACAUGGAUAUUAUUGAGGUGAACGAGGCAUUUGCCCCACAAUGCCUGGCAGUUGCUAAGGCCCUUGGACUGGACCAAGAGAAAUGUAAUGUCAACGGAGGAGCUAUUGCUAUCGGACAUCCUCUGGGUGCCUCUGGAGCGCGAAUCACGGCCCACCUGGUCCACGAGCUCAGGCGAAGAAAUGGCAAGUAUGCAAUUGGAGCUGCUUGCAUUGGUGGAGGCCAAGGAAUUGCAAUCAUCAUUGAAAACACUCCAUAAAAACAACUGUUUGAUGUGAUUUAUAAUGAUCCUACAAAUUGAAGGGAACUACACCUUAUGACCCACUUGUAAUAAUGAUCAAGCUAUCCAUGAAAAAUGUUACAGUUGUCAUUGCUACUUUAUUAUUCAUAGAUAUGAUGUACUACCUACUAACUACUACCUCAUGUAUGUAGACUGUGCCUUCAGUACACAACAGAAUGAGGUAGAAGCUUUGACAUGUACAAAGUCUGUAACAAUAGGCUUUAAUAAAUUUGUUUCUGCCAUGAUAUACUCCAUACAUAGAAAAUACUACGUUUGUAUUUCCAUGUGAUACUUUCAAAUAAAUGUGGCUGCAAUUUUAA